AUGCAGCGCUCGAACAUCUCCCCCACCGGCGAUACCGACCUCCCACAACUCAGCCGCCACGAUGACUCUGUGUCUGGCGCUCCUUCCAUGCCGUCCAUAGCAGAGGCAAUGUUUUACUACUCGGGGCUGCGCUCUUCUACCAGGUUAGUGUACCGCACAGAGCCCAUGCCAUGGGCGAUGCCCACUGGACCCAAAGCCUACCGCCGGUCGAAGGAGCUUCGCCCAGUCUUCGGCCAUAAGCUGAACGUCGUCUGGAAGGACCUGGGUCCCAAGGUAUGUCACUUCCUAGAUUCACAGGGGGUCCUCUGGACGUCAAUAGACGUCGUUCGCUCUGUCACGGUCGGAGAGGCAAAAGUCGGUCCCGUCGUACUUUGGAUUGGUAUUAUUCCCGAAACACUCUUGGGUGAGAACGCCUGUGCCUCAGCGAACGGUUGCCUAUACCUCCUCAAGGAGCUCGGCAGUGAUGACGUUGAGGUUGAGUUCCUGGAGACCCGGACGUCGACGUUCGCGGACCUCUUACUCCAGCACUCGGGCUCUCCAUCGCUGCCCCAUGCCACACCUCAUGUUCAGGGUACCGGAGGUAUCUAUCUCGCCGAAGGCGGCGAUAGCAGGAAGGUCUUGCUCGUUACCGCUCACUAUGCUCUCUUCCAGAUAACUGGCCCAGCGUCGCCUACGCCCGCACAACCACCACAGAACAUGGCGGUAUGGUCAAGUGGCAUGGGUGGAGGACUAAGGAACUUGCGGGUGAGAGGGGUUGAAAAGGACGAGGAGGAGAUUGAGCCUGCUCAGCGUCAGUUGGAGUGGGCUCAGUGGUCAUUGGAAAAUGCGAGGAAGACAAUAAAGGCCACAUCGUCUAGUCCCCUCCGAUUACUACUGGUGCCGGCACGGAGGGUUUCAUCGAAGACCUAUGCGGUUGUCGAGCUCGACAGCUCCAAGAUCAAGAACGCCUUUAAGGGAAACGUGAUUGACCUAGGUGCGGACGAAGAUUUUGCCUCGCGAGUUCAUGCUGAAGAUGUACCCCCCCGCCCAUCACUUCGGGACCUCAUCUCGAAAGACCUCAUGUACAACCUAGGUAUGCUCGACCACGACGGUGAACCUUGCCUACCAGUUGUAAAGAACGGUAGUGCCACCGGCAUCACCAUAGGCCGCGCUACCGGCAUAUUCUCAUACGUUCGCAAAUAUUUUAGCAGCAGCACUCACCAGACCUCGACGGAGUGGGCUAUCCUCCCCUACAAGUUGGGUGCCUUCUCGGCCUCCGGCGAUUCGGGCUCUAUCAUUGCCGACUGCCAUGGCCGCAUCGGCGGUGCCGGCGAUAUGGAGUCCUCCGACAUCACAUCCGCGACGCCCUUCCUUCUGGCUCUUCCCGCGCAUCAAGCAAAACGGAUUUCCUAA